AACGGAAUCAGCGGGGACAUCAUCUUCCUUUUCAUCGAUUGAAAAGGAAAUUUUCGUCGGACAUUCUUUUAUUUUCAUUGUGUACACUUAGUCGAUCGUUUACCGCGUUGCAGCGGUCCCAAGGACCCACCGCGGUGGUACCCGGCGCGCCAAUGGCCAUCUCAACCCCUGAACAUAACCCUAGUACAACACCAUUCCCAAUCGAACCGGCAGCACCAGGGAAGGACCGUGUAAGGAAGCUCACCGAGAAGAGCGCACAGGAUCGAAAAUCACAGGAACAGCCAGACUCGUCCUCAGAUGAACUCGAAUGCAUCCAGGUCGAAAGCAGCCAGCCCACCCUGCCGAUAAAGAAGAAUAUCACGAACAAAGACCUACUCGCCGCCCUGACGGGAAUCAUCCAAUAGCAAAACGAAACCAUCACCAAAUUAGGACGCGAAAUCAGAGAGGUCAGACAAAAACAGUAAAUUCUUAUAGACUAUAAUAUCAACCUCACUGAUGAGAUCACUGAGCUCAAAACGCGUGUCAGCGAUCUCUUAGCAGGAACCCCUAGCACGCGUAGCUGGGCUUCGGUGGCGGCAGCAGACGAACCUAUAGAAUCGAACGCCACCCCCAGAACAUCAGCAAGCCACAAACGCCUUAAGGAAGCCGGGUUCUCCCCCUCUGACAUACUCUACUGCACGAUUGACAUCUCAAGAGUGGGAGGUAAAGAUAACAGGGCGUCAGCAGACACAGUUAGAGCAGCAGUUGAGAAAGAGAUCCGUAUAAUAGAGAACCAUAAAAAUUAGCAAUACCGUGCAGUGACUGUUGACUAAAGGAACUAAAAUUAAAUUAGAAUCACAUGUCGAAAUGAAGCUAAGCACUAACUAGUUAAGAG